AUGGCGACUUCACGGCGCAGCGGCCUUGCCAACAUUCCCGUUGAACUGAUCCAGCGCAUAUGCUCCUUCAUCGGCUCCACUUAUACCGCAACUCUCCCUGACGGUGGUGACACUGAAAUCUGGUGCGUUGGGCAGGCCCAUCUGUCCAGACUUGCUAGGACAUGUCGACUCCUCUACGUCGUCGUUCAGCCCAUUGUAUACCACUGGUUUGCCGACUGCAGUCUGGGAUCUGGAUACCAGCUACUCUGCCUCAUUCGUACGCUGAUCUCGCGGCCCGGCCUUGCUCAGCACGUGAAGCACGUCAUCCACUUGGACCCUCUUGACGACGAGCUCGGUGACACCGAGUUUGCAUUUGUCCAGGACGCCAUCGUCAAGCUCGGCCUCCGCCCCAUCCCAGACUCCUGGAGCAGAAACAGCGAAGGCCAAUAUGCCCUCCUCCCUCUUGAGCUCCUCCUCGCCCAUACACCCAACCUCAAGAGCCUCCGGCUUGAGAUUGACGAGAAUUGCGACCUGUUUGUCGUCCCUCAGCUUCUCAAAACCCGGCCGGCCUUCUUUACGAACCUCGAGUUCCUCGGUGUAGAGAUACACAUGGACGACACCCAACUCAAGCUCUUCUGCCACGCAAUGGAUGUCCUCACUCGCGCGAGCCCCAACCUGAUCACUCUUCGGUCGUCUGUCAAGGACUGGUAUGUCAACCACUUUGACUUUGCUGAUGAAGCAGAAGGCGGCGGCCUGCCGAAAGGGCACCACCUAUGGGAGGCCAUCCAGUGUCGCCGGGACUCGCUCCGAGAAUUACGCCUCGGGCUUAGAUAUGACGAGAUGAUCCGGCGGGACUCGCUAGCUGACUUUGCGAGGCUUGAGAUCCUUGCGGUGGAUGUGCAUUCGCUGGAAGCUCUACGAGCCGCAUGGAAGAAGAACAACAGGCACGCGCAGGAGGAUACUUUCCUGUCCAAACUUUUUCCGCCUACGCUACGGGAGCUCACGAUAUGGGAUGACGCCUCAUGGGUGGUGGCUUCCAUGCAGCCCUUUGCGAGCGACGUGGCGGACGGAGGGCAUCCAAACCUGGAAGUUGUCAAGGUCGGUCUCCACAUUUCCAAGAAUAACGCGACGGCCUGGGAGGAUGUGCCUGGCGAGUUGGAGGAGAAGUUCGCCAGAGGAAGUGUGAGGUUUGAGACAGUGUGGACGAAUGAUUUCCCAACGUCGUUUCUCUGGCCUGUUCACGAGUUCAAAUCCCGUUUCGAGUCCGGAUUUGACGCCGCUGACGAACACGAUAUGCCGGACGAAUACGAUUCUCAUUUCUGAUUAAGUAAUUGAUAUUGCCCCAACGCCGGGACUCCGAGACGGCGAGCGGGACAUCAGGCUCGGCGGCAGGUAAAAUAGGUAGUUAGGCGCUGAGCAUUCAUAUUCAGUCGG